AUGUAUGUGAAAUGGUUUGAUACAGUAAUAUUUUACUAUGUAAUUUUAGUGAUUUUAGUGAAAGUCACUUUUUGUAAUUUUCAAAUUUCCCGCCAUUCCGUCCUCGUACGUCCCGACGUCGCAGGGAACGGAACCCAGAUGACAGAUGCCGGCAUCCGCCAGAUUACAUUGCCGGAGACACUGCAGGAGGGACAUCGUGGGAGCGCAGGACAAGGUAAGUGAUCGAGGGAUCGCGGAGCGGUGCCGCAAGGUAAGCCUGAGUGUAGCUCGGGGUUACCGCUUGUGCUACACUCGGGAAUACCACCAAGGAGGUUA